UCACACACUGCUCGCCUCUGUCUGGGAGAGCGCUGGGGGCUCCGUGCUGAGGUCGGCCGGCGCGGCGGGCCAGGGGCUGAGCCGGAAACAGAGGGCAGGGGGGUCCCCACACCCCAGCAGCGGGGCCAUGGAGAGCUUCACGGAGUCGCUGAACAGGCUGAAGGAGACCCACGAGAAGGAGGUCCUGGGCCUGCAGAACAAGCUUCUGGAACUGAACUCGGAGAGGUGCCGGGACGCGCAGAGGCUCGAGGAGCUCUUCGCCAAGAACCACCAGCUGCGCGAGCAGCAGAAGGCGCUGAAGGAAAACCUGCGGGUGCUGGAGAACAGGCUGCGGGCUGGCCUGUGCGACAGAUGCAUGGUCACCCAGGACCUGGCCAGGAGGAAGCAGCACGAGUUCGAAAGCUCCCACCUGCAGAGCCUGCAGCACAUCUUCAUCCUCACCGGCGAGAUGAACGGGCUGAAGGAGGAGAAUGAGGCCUUGAAGGAGGAGGUGAAGCGGCUUCGGGGCCUGGAAGACAGGCCCAAGCCCCUGGCCAGGGAGCACACCUCGGACCCCCCCUCACCCUUGCGCCUCCCCUCCCCCGGCGCCUGGAAGGCCAUCACCGAGAAGCCGCCAGGAGGCCCCAAGGAGGCUGAGGAAGACCAGCUGGGCGCAGAGAAGCCAGCAGGGCCCAGGACUUCUCCAGGGGCCAAAAUCUCCCCGGCUGCCAACCUGCCCGAGCCUCGGCCCCCAGACCUGAGCCCCCAGCGCAUCUCCAACCAGCUGCACGGGACCAUCGCCGUGCUGCGGCCUGGGUCCCGGGCCUGCCCGGCCGAGCGUGGCUCCACCAAUGGGACGCCCCCGCCGCCGCCCGCCAGAAGCAGCCCCCCCAGCCCGCCGUAUGAGCACAGCCUCCCCCUGGACAGCUUCCUGCGGGCCUCCCGGCCACCCGCCGUGCCCCGUGAGUCCCUGAAGCGCUCCCCCCAGGCCGAGCGCCUCUGCCUCCUGAGCCACCACCUCUCCCUGCACCUUCGGAGCCCCCUCGGCCGUCCCCCGGCCCCCGCUGCAGCCCCGGGCAGCCCCCGGCUCCAGGGCCUGAAGGCCAGAGAGGCAGAGGCCUGGGAGGAGCCCUCGGGCCUGCUGGGCCUGCCCAGCGCCCUGGUGGGCACGCAGGACCCGCGGCUGGAGGGGGCGCUGCACCUGCUCCUGGCCCGGCAGCUGCGGGCGCGGGCGCAGGCGGGCAGUGCCAGGCCGGGCGGCCCACCCUCGCCUGGGGACACUCAGCCCUCCCCACCCGUCGGCUCAGACUCCGAGGGACCCGAGAGCGAGGCGGCUGGGGCGGCUCCAGCCUCAGCCGUCCUGCCUGGGGGGCAUCACCUGCAGCCCCCAGGCCCAGGCGGCCCCAGCAGGAAGGAGGCCACAGCCGCACAGGACUACGCCCCCGACAAGCCCCUGGACCUCUCAGACCGGGGCCGAGGCCGGGACGCCCCCAAGACAGCUGGCCGGCCGGGGCCCCUCAGCCCCACGACUGCGCACACCCCCAGCCCCACGCCGCCCGUCCCGUGCGAACCCUUGACUCACAGCCCCCAGGCACUCAGCAAUGGCACCCGAGCACCGGAGCUGGAGGAGCCCCCGGCCCCCACAGACCCCUCACGCCCACCCGCAGGGGCCCAGCCCAGCCUGCCCUCUCCAGGCGGGACAGAGGAUGAGGCCAGAGGAAGGCCUGACCCUGAGAGCCGUCCAGAGCCCAGCCAGGCCAGAGCGCAGAGGCCAGAGCCAGACGCACUGGACCAGUCAGACUCCUCAGACAGUGAGGGGGAGCUGAGCUCCGAGGCCAGCGCCAAUCUGAGCGUGCCAGGGGAGGGGCCCGGGUGUGUCUGCGCCCAGGAGCACGGGCAGGGUCUGCCGCAGAAGAGGAAGCGGGACGCAGACCUGGGGGGCCAAGCCUCCAAGAAGCCAUCCCGAGGGAGAAGGAGAGAGAGGGAACCCCUGACUGCAUCUGAGGAGCCGGGGAGCCCCAGGGACGCCCAGGGACGCAGCCCGUCCCCCCACAGCAGCAGCUGGGAGGAGACCUAGCCACCGACCAGGUCGCCAGCCUUGCCCAGAGGUGGCUCUCCACCUGACUGACCUCGGCCCGGACAGGCCACACACCGUGGGGCUGCGUCCCAGCCGCAUCCGGAGGGGCUGGGAGGGCUGAGAUGGGGCCUCGGGCGGGUGCUGCGUUCCCUGCGUUCCCUCCAUCUCCACUGUCUCGGAAACGCCCUGCUGGCCCCGCAGCACCCUCAGCUCAGCACCUGCUCCCUGGGGACAGCGCGGACGGGAGGCAGGGAUCCCUCAGGCUCCCGCCCCGCCCUCUGAAGGCAGGAAGGACCACACCGGCCUGCACCCUGCAGCCGGGGCCACCCUGCCCGCCGGGGGCCAAGCCACGGUCUCGGGCGCCCCCUCGUGGACUCUGGCAAACGGGACAGAGGGAGAUGGCGGGUGGUGGCGCCCUUGCAGAGAGGGUCCCUAGGGACCGGGAAAAUAAACACGUGAAGAAGGACGUGUGCAUCUGGCAGGGCCGGGGUCAGAGGC